UAUUUAACCAGGCGCAUCCCUCAGAAUCCCAAAUACCAGCAUAUAAAAACCCGCCUCGAUACUG